GUCGGCUGCUUCUGGUAGCUUUCUUUGUGUGUUCUCACUUCUCACCUUGAUAUUUGUUAAUUUUAGACUAAUGGAUAGAACUUGCAAGAUUUUACCAACUUAAGCAUUUUUUAUUUGACUUUUAUUUCGAAACUGAAAGUUACAACUCCACUACUCUUAAUGAUGUCAAUUUUCAACAAAAGGAUUUAUAACUAACUUUCUAUUGAGUUAUUACCUGUCAUUCAUGAUCUUGAAUUUAUCUUCUAUUUUAAAAGAAAAAUCAUGAAAUACUAAUAUAAUGUUUAAUCUGGAUAUAGUAUUGUAAACACGUAUUUUCGGUCGAGUUUUCUUAAAAUAGAUGUGAAGCAAGUUUGUCCAUGUAAUGGUCGAACACUAAGAUAUGUUAGGGUCCGUCGGAUGCAUAUUGGUCAAAGUCCACUGGCACAUUAUUUUCAAUAUAUAAAUAUUACCAACUUGUAGUAACCACCAGGUCCACCACGCUUAACGCGAGCCUUAGUUUAAAGUAUUAACAUUGUCCUCAUUAAUAUUAUUUUUCAAAAUAAAUUAAAACCAACAAGAAUAUCCAUCGGCCGGCUAACAUAUAUGAAAAUUGGGGGUUGUUUUCAUAGGAGAAAAAAGAAAAAAAAAACUGGACUUUUUAAAAAUAUUAGAUCAAAAAGAGGAAUUGAGAAAGGAACCUUUGAAGUUAGACGUCCAUAAACGUGGUUGCCAAACACACUUUCCAAGGGAUAUAUGUUAUAUAUAUCAAGUUUCUUCUCAUCCAAGCGACAGUGUCUUUCAUUUUCUUCCUCAGUGUUUCAUUUCUUUGCGAUUAAGAUGGAAGGCGAAGUAGCACAGAAGAACGCAAGAGGCAGCUGGUCACUGCUUCGACCAUUUCAAAUGAUAUCCAUUAGUCUUCUUAGCCUCCUCGUCCCUCUAUCCUUCCUCUUCCUUUCACGUCUCUCUCUCUCCUCAGUUCCCGUCACCGUCCCCCGCGUAUCCUCCUUUCUCCAUCAAGCCGAUGUCGGAGUCUUAUACACAAUCUUAUCUCUCAUCAUCGUCUCCACUUUAGUCAACAACCUCUCCGGAAAACCACAAUGCUCUCUUUUGCAUUCCCAUCUCUACGUCUGCUGGAUCGUUCUCUUCCUCGUCCAAGCUUGUGUCGCCUUCGGAAUCGAAGGAAUCAUGAGCACCACCACGCCAACAAAUGCAGACGAAAACUUAUUUCUUGCGUCACGAGAAAGGUGGGUCUUGGUUAGGGUUAUGUUCUUUUUAGGGCUACACCAAGUGAUGCUGAUGUGGUUUAGAGUGGUGGUUAAGCCGGUGGUCGACGACACCGUUUUUGGGGUUUACGUGGAGGAGGAGAGAUGGUCGGAGAGAGCGGUCGUGGCGGUGACUUUUGGUCUAAUGUGGUGGUGGAGGCUUAGAGACGAGGUAGAAAGUUUGGUGGUAGUUGCAGAGGUUAAACGUAAGCUUCUGGCUAGUUUGGAUGCUUUUGACUUUUUGAACUGGUGGAUGUAUUACAUAUGUGUUGUGAUUGGUAUGGUGAAGAUCUUCAAAGGUGUUUCGUAUUUUGUGAAUUUGUUCAUUUUGACCAUUAAGAGGUCGAGGAAAGGAUGUGAAUCUUGUGUUGUUGUUGAUGUUGAUCAUGUGUAA